CACUCCUCCAUUACAGUACAGAAGAGUAAAUUAUAUUACAUCUUAUUCCACAACUGAUGUGAUUGCUCUUCAGCCCCUUUCAUUUUCGAUUCUUCUUCCAAAAUCUUGCACGUUCUCAUAAUCAAAAUGCCGCCGUCCACCGCCAGUAAACCGCCGGUUCCACCACCACCCCGCCUUGCUCGGACACCUCCGUCGCAAACCAUUUUCUCUCGUGCCAGAGCCCAGAUCACCACUUUCCGUCUAGUCUAACAUAGAAUGGGAAACAAACCUUCUACAAGCAUCUAUUGUAACAAAAUUCAAUUGAAUCCUACCUUAAUCCAUAAGCUUUCUUUGAUUUCUUCAAUUGAAUCCCAUUUCCAAUUCAUUUCUUUCGGUUUGGUUACUUUUCCAAGUAUGGGAAUGGAUUACUUAGUUCCGAAGCUUCAGAGGCAAUCGCAAACGAGCUCGGAGUUUCUGUACUUGGGUACUUUGGUGAAUACUCAUGGAGCCACCGACAAUAGUGUUAUAAAGCAACAACACCCACGUGGCAGUAGCACCGGCGACGAGAGCAGUGCUGCGAAUUCGAGAAAAUUUGACUCGCCGGAGCUCUGCCAUUUGCCGCCGCUUUACGAUCACAACAAUGUUAGGCGAAAUUACGGUAAUGGUGAUGUGGGGUCCGCCACAAAGAAAUGUUAG